AUGAGGUUUGAAAACAAGGGAAAGUUGAGCCUGAGGUUUAUUGGUCCAUUUGAGGUAUUGGAGAGAGUUGGCGAGGUUGAUUAUAGACUUUCUUUGCCUUCUAGCAUUUCGGGUGUUAAUCUGGUCUUUUAUGAUUCUAUGCUUCGAAAGUAUCAUGAAGAUAGGUCACACGUUUUGGACUUCAUCACAGUGCAAUUUGCUGAGAAUCUGGGUGAGGAAAAGUCGGUGGCCAUUUUGGACAGGCAGGUUCGGAAGCUCAAGUCUAAGGAGAUCGCAUCAGUGAAGAGAUGGUUGGGGUUAGUUUCGGGAAGGUGUGGGAGUGAAUUGGAACACUUAGUUUCAUUGUUGGAAGCUUAA